AUGUAAUAAAGUGAUUUUAUUAUAUUGUCAAUUGCAUAUUUGGCUAAUGAAAUUCAGAAUAAUUAAUAGAAGGAUAAAUUAGAGGAUGUAUGGCAUUUAGGAGUAAUUUGGUAUUAAAUGUUAACAGGAAAAAUCAUCAUUAAAAACAGCAAUAAUUAAUAAAUAUAACAAAAUAUUCAUUUAUAAAUUGAAUAAAAUGGAAAUUAAAUAGAUUAAAAAAUUAAAAAUCUGUUACAAUAGAUGUUAGUUAUUGAAAGUUAGAAUAGAAUAACUUUUGAUUAGUUAAUUUAAUAAUUAAGUUUAUACUACUCUAAUUAAACAAAUUUUAAUUUCUAGAAUCUAUAAUAUAAUUUUAAUGAUUAAAGAGCAUUAAAUAAUUAUAAUUUAUAAUUAGAUUUGGAAAAACUAGAAAAUUAAUUUAAAUAAGAAAUGUAUUAACUACGAAAAAAAAAAUAAAUAUCAAUGAAAAAAGCCAUGAUUGAUAUCAUUUAAGAUGAAAUCUAUUAAAAUUUCUUUUUAUUAUAAGAUUUCAAUAGUGAUAAACAAGCACAUUAUUUAAAUGAGAAAUGUGAUAAGUUUGUCAAUUAUAAAUAGAGUAAUAUAGAAAAAUGGUUAAGAAAAGAUAAUUUAUUUUUGCAAAUUUAAUAAUAAUUUUAGGUAUAUAUUAAUGAAUUGAUAUUAUAUUAAAAAGAAAAAAUUGAAUAACGUUGGUUAGUAAAGGAAAAAUAAAUAGAAAGAGAGAUGAUAUGGCAAAUUAAAUAAUAACUUUUAUUAGAAUAUAAAUUGUAAAUUUUCUAAUAAGAAAAUCAAAAUAGAUAAACUGAAUCAUUUUAGUCAUUUUAAUAAACAAUUAUAAAAAAUGUUUAAAAUCAAUUAAAUAUACUAAGUGAAUAUUUAAAUAAUUCGAUUAUAUAAAAAUAGAAAUAAUAAAAGUAUAUUGAGUUUAAAGAUAUUUUAACUAUGAUUUAAUAAGAUUUAAAUUAAUAACAAUUUUUAGCUGUUGAAAUCAUUAUAAAAUUGUAAAGAUAAUUGAUUAAUAUUACAAUUGAUAUUGAUUCCCUUUACUAAGAGAUUGAGUUGGAAUAAUUAGGUAAUAAAUUAUAAAGAGACAAAAUAACUAUUUUAAAUAAAUCUAAAAAUUUAUUAAGAGAAUAUUUUAUAAAAGUUGAUUAUGAAAUUCUCAUAUUAGGAGAAUUGAGAAAAAGAAAUUCAUUAACGAUGGGAUAUAUCUAAUAGGAUCAUUAUUUAGAUCAUAAAAUUAAAACCUUAAAUCUCUAAAAUUAGCAUUUAAUUUAAGAAGAGCGAUUAUUGUCUUAAGUUUAUUAAAAUUAAUAAAUUGAUAAUAUGCUUUUUUAAAUUUAAUAAAUAAAAUUUUUUAAUGAAAAAAUAAAUAAAUUUAUCAAUUAAUUAGAAUAAGAGGCAAAAUAAUUUCAAUCAGAAAGAUAAAUGUUUUAAAUAAUAGGUCAAAAUAACUUAUAAAAGGAUUUAGAAGAUCUCAUAAAUCACAUGAUUUAUUAAUUAAAUUUAAUGGAAAUAUAUUUUUAAGUUGGCGACCUAUGUUGUAAAGAUAUAAAUGAAAUCAAAAAAUAAUAUGAGAAUAACAAUGAUUUACUUUUGAUAUUGAAUAGGUAAAGUUAUGAUUUAUAAGAAUGUUAAAAACAAUUAAAAUUAAAUAAUCUAGUAAUAUAAUCCAAUCUAUCAAGAUUUGAUUAAAAAGAAUUCUUUAAAUAAAACUGUUCCAAGGUUUAUUAAUAAACAUUAGAAAACUUUACCUAUAAAAUUUAGGAGAUUAUAUAUCUAAAAGAAUAAGUGAGAAACAGAUUUUAAUUUUAUGAGGAUGAGGAUUUUUUUAAAUAAAUUAUAGAAUCUUGGAAUUAAGUAAAAACUUAAAAGGAAUAAAUAAAAAAUAUGCUGCAAGAUAUAAAAGAAACAUAGAUAACAAUUUAGACAAAUAAAGAUUUGUUAUAAGAAUAAAUUUAAAAAAUAAAAGGUUUAAUUAUUAAGAUUAAAUUCUAACAUUAAUUAAAGCCAUCUUUUGCAUAAAUUUAAACUUUUAAUAAAAAAUAUGUACAAAAUUAAAGUACUUAUUUAGAUCUAUUAACUUUGGUUAUUUAUAUAAAGUUAUAUUAUAAUUCCAUAUUCUUAAAUUUAUAUUUGUCUCUAAAAUCAAAUAAUUUAGAAAAAUUAAAUCUAUAAUCUUAAGUUUAAAACUAAGUUAUAAUAGAUAAAAAAAGAAGUAUAAAAAAUGGAAUUGAAGAAAGUAGAUAGAAAUAGGCAUAAAUACAUAACAUGAUGGAAGAAUAUUUAAAAUGUCUAUAAAAAAAGAAUGAAGCGUUUGAAAUUACAAAACUUUAGCAAGAUUAUAAUAGUAUAUCUUAUUAGAACUAAACUUUGAAAGAUGAAAUUAUAUAAAUAAUUAAAGUUAAGUUGAAAGGAUGUUUAAAUGAUUAAUAACUUAUAAAUUAGUUAAUUAAUAACAAAAAAAUAUUUGAAAUUUCAUCACUAUUUUGUUAUAAUUUGGUAAUAGAAUGA